AUGACAUGCCAAGCUCAUGUAGGAGAGAUAGACCCGUGUGAUGAUGCAGGAGAGCUAGACCCAUGUGAUGAUGCAGGAGAGCUAGACCCAUGUGAUGAUGUAGGAAAGAUAGACCAGUGUGAUGAUGCAGGAGAGCUAGACCCAUGUGAUGAUGUAGGAAAGAUAGACCAGUGUGAUGAUGUAAGAGAGAUAGACCCAUGUGAUGAUGCAGGAAAGAUAGACCAGUGUGAUGAUGUAGGACAGAUAGACCAGUGUGAUGAUGCAGGAGAGCUAGACCCAUGUGAUGAUGCAGGAGAGAUAGACCAGUGUGAUGAUGUAGGACAGAUAGACCAGUGUGAUGAUGUAGGACAGAUAGACCAGUGUGAUGAUGCAGGAGAGAUAGACCCGUGUGAUGAUGUAGGAGAACUAGACCAGUGUGAUGAUGUAGGAGAGAUAGACCCGUGUGAUGAUGUAGGGGAGCUAGACCAGUGUGAUGAUGUAGGAGAACUAGACCAGUGUGAUGAUGUAGGAGAUAUAAAACCAUGUGAUCUCGUAGAAGAGCUAGACCCGUGUGAUGAUGUAGGAGAGUUAGACCAGUGUGAUGAUGUAGGAGAGAUAGACCCGUGUGAUGAUGUAGGAGAGAUAGACCCGUGUGAUGAUGUAGGAGAUAUAAACCCGUGUGAUGAUGUAGGAGAGCUAGACCAGUGUGAUGAUGUAGGAGAGAUAGACCCGUGUGAUGAUGUAAGAGAGAUAGACCCGUGUGAUGAUGUAAGAGAGAUAGACCAGUGUGAUGAUGUAGGAGAGAUAGACCCGUGUGAUGAUGUAGGAGAGAUAGACCCGUGUGAUGAUGUAAGAGAGAUAGACCAGUGUGAGGAUGUAGGAGAGAUAGACCCGUGUGAUGAUGUAAGAGAGAUAGACCAGUGUGAUGAUGUAGGAGAGAUAGACCCGUGUGAUGAUGUAAGAGAGAUAGACCGGUGUGAUGAUGUAGGAGAGAUAAACCCGUGUGAUCUUGUAGAAGAGCUAGACCCGUGUGAUGAUGUAGGAGAGUUAGACCAGUGUGAUGAUGUAGGAGAGAUAGACCCGUGUGAUGAUGUAGGAGAGAUAGACCCGUGUGAUGAUGUAAGAGAGAUAGACCGGUGUGAUGAUGUAGGAGAGAUAAACCCGUGUGAUCUUGUAGAAGAGCUAGACCAGUGUGAUGAUGUAGGAGAGAUAGACCCGUGUGAUGAUGUAAGAGAGAUAGACCGGUGUGAUGAUGUAGGAGAGAUAAACCCGUGUGAUCUUGUAGAAGAGCUAGACCCGUGUGAUGAUGUAGGAGAGUUAGACCAGUGUGAUGAUGUAGGAGAGAUAGACCCGUGUGAUGAUGUAGGAGAGAUAGACCCGUGUGACGAUGUAGGAGAGAUAGACCCAUGUGACGAUGUAGGAGAGAUAGACCCGUGUGAUGAUGCAGGACAGAUAGACCCGUGUGAUGAUGUAGGAGAGAUGGACCUGUGUGAUGAUGUAGGAGAGAUAGACCAGUGUGGAGAUAUAAACCCAUAUGAUGAUGUAGGAGAGCUAGACCAGUGUGAUGAUGUAGGAGAGCUAGACCAGUUUGAUGAUGUAGGAGAGAUAGACCAGUGUGAUGAUGUAGGAGAGAUAGACUCAUGUGGUGAUGUAGGAGAGAUAGACCAGUGUGAUGAUGUAGGAGAGAUAGACUCAUGUGGUGAUGUAGGAGAGAUAAACCCGUGUGAUGAUGUAGGAGAGAUAGACCUGUGUGGUGAUGUAGGAGAGAUAAACCCGUGUGAUGAUGUAGGAGAUAUAAACCCAUAUGAUGAUGUAGGAGAGCUAGACCAGUGUGAUGAUGUAGGAGAGCUAGACCAGUGUGAUAAACCCAUGUGA